CUCAUUGUUCCCGGCCCUGCGGCGGCAGCAGUUGGUUAGUGAGCGCAUUCUGGCCGUUCUGCGCAGGCGCUGCAAAGGGCUGUGUCCCCGAGAUCACGCUUCCCAGACACACCCCCUCCUAAAAGGAGUGACGUCAGCUAUGCUUCCUCCGCGGGGUGACGUGACCGCCUUGUUCCUGGGGCCUCCGGGCUCAGGGAAGUCCGCGCUCAUCGCAGAGCUGUGCGACAGGGGUGUGGAGAUGGUAGAGAUCCCCGAUGGACGGUCAGACCCCGGGAUCCCCAGCCUGCGAGCUGCGGGCCCAGGCCUCUUUCUGGGCGAGCUGAGCUGCCCACCCGCAGCGCCGGGGCCAUGGGCGGCGGAGGCCAACGUGCUGGUAUUGGUGCUGCCAGGCCCGGAGGGGAACAGCGAGCCCUUGGCUCCAGCGCUGGGGGAGGCAGCGCGGGCCGCCCUGGCCCGAGGGACCCCACUGCUGGCUGUGCUGAACCUCCGUCCUGGAGAUCCACGGAAUGAAGCCCAGGCCCGGGAUCAGACAGCGGCCCUGCUGGACAGCGCGGGCUUGGGAGCCGCACCCCUCUUCGUGCUGCCGGCUGACUGCAGCAGCAGUGACAGCUGCGAGGAGCUGGAGCGCCUGCGGGGGGCGCUGCGGAGCCAAGCGGACGCGCUGCAGAGGCUCCUGCCACCAGCUCAAGAUGGCUUCGAGGUGCUGGGCGCAGCAGAGCUGGAGGCUGUGCGUGAAGCCUUCGAGACCGGUGGCCUGGAGGCAGCGCUGUCGUGGGUUCGCGCCAGCCUGGAGCGACUGGGCAGUGCGCGGCUGGACCUGGCCAUUGCAGGCACAGCUGACAUGGGCCGUGUGCUGGAUGUGCUGCUCGGGUUGGAUCCCGGGGACCCAGGUGCCGCGCCUGCUUCAGAGCCCGUGGCGCCCACGCCAUACCCGGCCCCAGAGCGCCCUAAUGUGAUGUUCUGGACUGUGCCUCUUGGCUCUGUGGGCACUGCUGCCGCCUCCCACCCUACCCACUACGACGCCCUCAUCCUCGUCACCCCUGGAGCCCCCACUGAGAAUAACUGGGCCCAGGUCCGGCCCUUGGUGCUACCAGAUGCGCCGCUGGUCUGCGUGCGAACAGACGGAGAGGGCGAGGAUCCCGAGCCUCUGGAAGAAGAAAAGGCGGAGAAGCCCAGCAGCGAGAAUUUAGAGAACGCAGGCAGAGGGGCGUCGGAGGAUUCGCGCAGCGAGGGAAGGGAGAAACAUAGCUCUGGAUCGCAAAAAGUAGGCAGUGAGGAAAGUUCAGGAAAAGCAGGCAGUGAGAGUUUGCAGCAGGUUGGUGGCUUGAAGCAGUCGAGCAGCGGGGACUCAGAGCGUGCAGCCGCCUUGAGCCCGGAGGAUGAGACUUGGGAGGUGCUGGAGGAGGCGCCACCGCCCGUGUUCCCCCUGAGGCCGGGCGGACUCCCUGGGCUUUGCGAGUGGCUGCGGCGCGUGCUUCCCCCAGCCCAGGCCGGGGCGCUGCUGCUGGCGCUGCCACCCGCGUCUCCGCAAGCGGCCCGAACCAAGGCUGCAGCGCUGCGGGCUGGGGCGUGGCGGCCGGCUCUGCUGGCUAGCCUGGCGGCAGCGGCAGCACCAGUACCCGGGCUCGGCUGGGCCUGCGACGUGGCGCUUCUGCGCGGUCAGCUAGGCCUGGGCUACCGCGCGGCGCACGGUGUCCUGCUGCAGGCGCUGGACGAGAUGCUGGCGGACGCUGAGGCGGUGCUGGCACCCGAUGCCCCUGCACAGUGAGGGGCGGGGUAAGGGGUGGGAUGAGGGAUGGGGAUUUAGGGAUGCCCUGCUUCUUGGCUGUUUGCUGGAGGGGUGAGGAUUCUAAGUCCUAUUUAGAGGGAGGGGAAGUGGGGGUCCAGACUCUGGCAUGGGACGUCAGGGCCUCUGACAUAGCAGCACCCGGCUGUCACUCCAACUCCUAUGUACUUGAAGGGGAUGAGGUGCUGACUGCUGGUUGGGAUGUGUGACUUCUAGUCACCCGCAUCACAGAGUCUUGGAGGGGAAUAGAAUCUGGAGGUCAGGACUCCUGAUUAUUUUAGGGAUCAUAAAGUAAUCCCCCCAGACUUGUGUCCUGAGGGGAGCUGAGGGGUUAGACUCCUAGAAGGAGGUCUAUCUUGGUCUUCAGGGGAGUGGAAACGAUCUGUUGGAAGUCUAGGCCUCCAGUGAGAGGGGGAGUGUAAGCCCUGCUUCCUGCUGGGGUCGCCGUGUGGAGGGGAUACUGGGGAUCCUGGUGUGGAGGACUGGGUCGGGGUACUCCAGGGAGCUGGAGCCCUUGGGCGUCCGAGCCACAAAGGGUCUAGAUUUCUUGGGGGGAAUUGCCCUGCACACUGCCUCGAGGUCUUCAAAAGGCAGCGGGGCUUUGAAUCUUCAUGGGGGGAUGGCAGUCUCUGGGGUCUUGGCUUCCUGGAUCCCAAAAGGGCUGUGGACUGUGGUUCCUAAUUCUGGGAGGAUGGCGGGAGGUCUACAUCCAGAGACGGGAACAGGAAACUGUGUGACAGCUGGAAACCCCGAGGGAUGUUUAAUAUUUGCUCCUCGGGGAGCCUGGUGGAGCAGACUGCAUUCCCAGCUGUUGUGGGGAGAUGGUCCCACGAAAGUGAGGGGAGGAGGCAAGAGGGAUGUGGUGGCCUUUGGGGGUAGCCAGAGACCAGGAACGAAGCCUUCUGGGUGUGGAAAGGCAAGAACCUGUACCUCAGAGUUACUCCUGCAAGUCUCUAUGGAUUCGGGUCCUGGAAACUGUCCCGCUCUGUAACUUUGGGAAGGGAUAAGACUGCCCCCAUUUCAUAGGUGCUGAGCAAUUUGAGGGCUCUCUGGGGAGUCUGUCCCUCUGUUCCUCUCUCCUUUAGUGGCUUCUAUCUUCUUUUGGUCUUGAUUUUUUCUGUCAUUAAACCUGAACCCCUUCUGGCCUUGGUAUUUCGUACACCUGCCUUUUUGGAGAAGCAGCCGUACUGCCCUAAUCCAGGCGUCUCUGUGUUGGCUCCGUCAGGCAUCCUCAAGAGGCUCUGCCUUCUGGUGUACACAGAGAGUGCCACAGUGAGCAAGGCACCCACAGGACGGUUGGGAAGGUGUUCUAGCCCCUGAGAAUGUGCCAUGAGUUAGGCAAAGGCAGAAACCACAGUCCCUGGAAUGUUCUAAGCUGCCACCUACAUGUAGAGGAGCAGCCACAGGUCACAGAUUCUUUGAUGUCAAAAACAGAGGGGACCUGAGAAGCUAUCCAGUAGAAUUUCUUUUAUGAUAGAUGGGGCGAGCAAAGCCCAGACAGGGCAAGCUCUAGGCCCAACAGCCUAGCAAGACCCUACGUGGUCUGGCCCCUGCCUGUUCUCAUUCUCUGCCCUACCCCAUCCCCCAAUCAGCCAGCUAGAUCUUCCUUCCCAUGCUUGAAUGGGCCGCCUUGGGUCCUGCCUCAGGACCUUUGUACUUGCAAUUCGCUCUGCUUAGAAUGCUCUGCCCCGGAUUUCCAUGGCUGACUCCUUUUGUCAAUCAGGUCUCAGCUCAAGUGGUUUGUUAUGUAGCAAAAGGUAACUAAUACAGGUUUGUUCACUGUUUCUGUGAUGUGGUCUCUUUUCCCCCCUCAAAGAGGCCUUCCCAGACCACUGUAACUGAAGUAGCCCACUCCUCCCCCCACCCCAUUAUUUUUCUCAGCCUUUUAAUUUUCUGUAUAGCAAUUAUUACUAUAGAAAAUCACUAUUUAUUUAUUUACUUACCUGUUUAUUGGUUAUUAUCUUCUUUGUCUUGUUCUCUGCCCACCCCCCCAGCACUAGAAUAGUGCUUGACACACAGUAGGUGCUUAGUAAAUAUUGUUUUAAUUCAUUAGUCAGUGGCAGAACUAGGGUUGGAAUAUAGAUUGUCAGCCUCCUGCCACAAGAUGGAAAGGGCGUGAGGUGGGGGAAGAAACAAGCACCUGAUGGGAGAGAAAGCACCUGUCUGAGGUCAGGGGGCCUGGGAAACAAACACGACUUUGCCACUGUCACUCUGGGUGACUUGAACUGCUGCCUCGUUCGCGCAUCUGUAAAAUGUAAGGGCUGGAUGAGAACCAUACGUACUUCCCAGACCCUAUUCCCUUUGAGAACUGAAGAUGAGGGUAACCAUUCUGUGGGGCAGAUACUUGAGGGAUGACUCCCCCGUCUCCAGCUUGAAUUCCCACCGUUGGCGCAAUUCGUCCCAUCAAAGUCAAGAUGGCCAAGAUAGGAAAAAGCUUUAUGUGGAAUGGCUCAGGCAUUGUCCUCAAAGCUUUCAGCCUUAAGGAAAUGAAAUUUCAUUAGCAUAGCUCUAGGGUCAGGCAGUCCCGCUGACACUGGGUGGUGACCUUGAACAAGUCACUCAGCAAAUGGUCAUCCAUCCACCUCACAGGGUCAUGGUGAGAAUUCAGUGCAUGUGCAGACGGGCCCUCAGCCCCGGGCAGCACCAAGACGACUCCAGUCUGGGCACCUGCCGUCUCACCCCGAUGCCUUUGCUCACAGAGUGCCCUUGUCUUUUUCUGCCACUUUGACAUCGUCUCCGAUGUGGUCCCGUCUGACGUCUCUGCUCCCCUGCUCCACAUUCCCUCUGCUCUCAUGCCAGUGGGGGUCACGCCAGGGGUUGUAUCUGAGAAAGCAAGACCGAGUUUUGUCUGUGCGUGCCUCUGUCCAUUGAGGAGUGCUGAUCGUGUUACUGUGUAUAGGUGUAUGUCGGCAUUUUUGAAGUGGUCGCCUUUUAAAUCAUGACUUUUGAUGGCAUUGAAUUUUAGGCUUCGCAGAGGCAUAAGGUUGCUAGUGAGGCACCUGUCUCUGGGAGCAUCUAAGAAGAAAAGACUCAACCUCCCUUUUGAACUGUGGCUGGCUGCCGUCUGGGUGUGUCUGUGUGACACCUCCAGGCUGGAAGACCCCCGAAGACAAGAAUUCAAGGAAAAGUGUGACGGACCUUGGCAUUGCCAAUGCCAGAAGCAAAAUAGGCACAGAGAACCUGGGUGAUUGAGACAAGCUCAUCCCCUUAGUUGAGGUUCCUACGUUUCUGGAUGAUAAUUGAAGGACUUGCGUGCAUUGAGCGGGGAACCGUGAAGGGUGAAUCGAGAGUGUGGUUGGCCUGCGGUGCUUUUUGGGGGAGUGAAUAAAAAUGGGUAGAAAUAC